AUGUUAGUGAUAGAGAAGGGAAGGAGAAGACUCACAAACGAAAGAAAGCAUCAAGGUGAUCUUCUUCUUCUUCCCCUAAGUGUUUCUGCGUCUCAAGGCUGGUGUCCCUUUGUGAGUGUAAUAUAUCUGGGGACAACAAGAAACGCUUACCUGUACCUAGCUGAGACGCUGUUUUUCACACUUAACGGGAAGAAGAUCAACAUUUCAAGCUUCCGUUUUCAUCCAACCGACGAAGAGCUUGUUGCAUACUAUCUCAAGAGGAAAAUAAAUGGGCGUAAAAUCGAGCUUGAAGUUAUUCCUGAAGUCGACCUCUACAAGUGCGAACCCUGGGAUUUACCAGGGAAAUCAUUAUUACCAAGCAAAGACCUAGAGUGGUAUUUCUUCAGUCCAAGAGAUCGUAAAUACCCAAAUGGAUCAAGAACAAACCGAGCCACCAAAGGUGGGUAUUGGAAGGCAACAGGGAAGGACAGGAAUGUAAAUUCACAAUCAAGAGCCGUUGGGAUGAAGAAAACCCUAGUUUACUACAGAGGAAGAGCACCACAUGGUGCUCGUAGUGAUUGGGUUAUGCAUGAAUAUCGCCUUGACGAGAGAGAAUGUGAAACUGAAUCUGGUCUUAAGUUGCAGGAUGCUUAUUCACUUUGCCGUGUGUUUAAGAAGAGUCUGAAUGCUCCAAAGACGACCAUUGGAGUACAUUAUGCUGCAGCAGUCAGUGAUCACUCAUCAAGUAUGGACCUUUAUUCAGAGGGAGGAAGGGGUGGUGAAGAUAUGGAGACUUGUAAUUAUCCAACACCAAUGGCUUCAUCUUCCUCUAAUAUCAACCAUGGAUCACCACAUAAUGUAAGUGAAUCGAGUGAUGGGAGAUGGAUGCAGUACUUAUCUGAAGAAGCGUUCGCUUUCCCGAAUCCAUCUUUCACUAACUAUGGGAAUGUUUCUUUUCCCCCAACCAAGGUUGAUAUAGCAUUAGAAUGUGCAAGGCUGCAACAAAGGUUAUCAAUGCCUCCAUUGCAAGUACAAGAUCUCCCACAUCAAGGAGCUACAAGCUACGUGGAUUUAAUGAAUAUGCAACAGACGACAAGCAGCAGCAUGCGCGAUGUCACAACUACAAAUGGUCCUCAGCAGGACAUAUUGCAUGAAAUCCUUUCUCUCGCUCAAGUUUCCCAGGAUCACAUCAAUCAGAACACUGGGGUGGAGAAUGCGAGGUCUAUUGAGGUUGGUGGUGUCGAUGAACAACAGCUCAGAAGUGAUAGAAUGGUUGAGAAUUUGAGAUGGGUUGGCAUGUCUAACAAAGAUCUUGAGAUGACUUAUAAUUGGGAUGAUUACAAGAAUGUUCCAGUGGAAAAUAUGCCAAGUUUUCAGAAGGAGGAGCAUGAGGUUCAAGGAGAAAGCAGCCAUCAAAACAAUUUCGACAAUAGAGAAGAUCACUUCUCACUUGGAAUCACCACCGAGGAGCAUGACAACUCGAAUGAAAACUUGUUAGACGAAGCCGAUUUGGAGGACUUUACUACAACUCCAAGCUUUGAAAUCUACGAGAAAACCAAAGUCAGUACUCAUGGGUUGAUUGUUUCAACCCGACAGGUUUCAGAAACCUUCUUCCACCAAAUCGUACCUUCUCAAAUAGUCAAAGUCCAUCUGAACCCAGGAAUGAUACAUGAUCAAACGGUAUCUAAAUCCGAUAGCCAGACAACGGUUAGCAAGAAAGUUUUAUAUGACAAGUUCAAGAUGAUCACAAGUUCCAAACCAUUUGAGAGUCAACAGAAGAUGGUGGUGAUAUGAAGUUAAAAGAGGAUGAUGAUGGUGGUUCAGCUGGUAAUAGCAUACGAAUGGAGGAUGGAGAGGAGGAAAAGAAUGAAGGAUGGGGUAUUUCAAGUUUGGUUUUGGAGAAGGUGAUAUGGCCAUGUGUGACCUUGGCUUUGGCAUUUUCUACUAUCUGGGUACAUCAUAAUUACUAAUUACAAGGGUUUUUUCAAUCUUUUUUUAAUUAAUUGUUUCUAACCAUACAGAGUGAAGUUGUUUACUUAUAGGAAGAGAUGAAACUAAGCUUUCCCUGGAUGUAAUCUGGGGCUGAAUUAUAUUAUAUAUAAUAUUUGUACUUUCUUCAUUUUACAUUCAAAAUAUAUAUAUAUAGGAGUAAUU